GGGCGACCGGACUCACAGGUAGAAUCCAUAGCCGAAGACGCCGCAAUAGCCUCUGGCUACCAGAGGAUAGCAGCAGCCUAUCGAAGCGGAAUCCGAGCUUGAAUUCGGUGCAGUUGAUUGUAGAGCUGGUCUUGAUGUCCUGAACAUCAGGUUUUGCGACCCCCAGUCGAUCGAGGUCCAUCAGCUGUACCCUGGAGGCAAGCUUUCCCACGGGAGGAUACAGGCUACAGAGGCUGGAAAAUACUCGUUUCCUAGCUGGUACCCUACUGAGAUUGGAGACUGCUGUACUGCUGAAGAUAAAGCAGUUUUUGUUUUGUUUCUAAGACGACUUGAGCAUCUUGUAUUAAGAUAUCCUAUCACUGUUGUCAGAAAUGGCUAGCAUCCUUUCACGCAUGGGUAACAGCCGGGGGCAGAACUCACCCCUGCCACCUUGGGCUCAUUCCAUGCUGAGGUCCCUGGGGAGGAGUCUUGGUCCUUUAAUGGCCAGCAUGGCAGAGAGAAACAUGAAGCUGUUCUCUGGGAGGGCAGAGCCAGCCCAGGGGGAAGAAACCUUUGAAAACUGGCUGAGCCAAGUAACUGCAGUGCUGCCUGAUUGGCAUAUGCCUGAGGAGGAAAAGGUCAGGCGCCUAAUGAGAACCCUUAGAGGCCCUGCCCGUGAGGUCAUGCGUUUGCUCCAGGCUGCCAAUCCCUGCCUUGAUGUAGAGGAUUUUUUGCGUGCAAUGAAACUGGUCUUUGGGGAGUCUGAGAGCAGUGUGACAGCCCACAGUAAAUUUGUUAACACUGUUCAGGAACCUGGAGAGAAACCAUCCCUGUAUGUGAUCCGUUUAGAGGUGCAGCUGCAGAAUGCUAUCCAGGCAGGGCUUUUGCUGAGAGAGGCAAACCAGGCUCGCCUGCACCAGCUCCUGGUAGGGGCUGAGAUGAGUGCUGACCUUCGAUUCAGGCUUAAGAGUCUUCUCCGGGUAUAUGCAAAUGAGCCAGAGCGCCUUCCCAAUUUCCUGGAGUUAAUCAGGAUGAUAAGGGAGGAAGAGGAAUGGGAGGAGGCUUUUAUUCAUCCAAAGCGGCCCAGGAGAGCCCAGUCAGUGGAGAGGGCACUCAGCCCUACAUUUCAGAGCUCCCCACCAGUAAUGAUCAGCAGUAUUGACUGCAAUGUGAUAGAGAUAGAUGACUCACCUGAUGAUUCCGAUGAGGAUGUGAUCUUGGUGGAGCCUGACGACCCACCACUGCCAUCCUCCAGUGCAGGGCCAUCCUUCCUAGGCAGGGCUGUAUCCCAGGACCAAGUGCUGGUCAUUGAGUCCCCUAACAUUUUUGAGAUCCAGGCUCCUUCCACCAGCAGUGGUGCGGGAAGAAAGAACAACAAUAAUUUUGGGGAGCUGCGCAGAGCCAGGAAGCGCAAACACACAGUCCAUUGUUCCCACUGUGGUGAGGAGGGUCACUCAAAAGAAACCUGUGACAAUGAGAGUGACAGGGGUCAGGUUUUUGAGAAUCUGAUCAUCACCCUGCAGGAGCUGACACAUACGGAGGAGAGGGCAAGAGAGAUCUUUGGAGAAGCCAUUGGCCUCUCUGAACUGCACUAAGAUGCUAUGCUCCAGCCUUAAAUUAACCCUUACCUGUAUUAAAUGUUCAAUGGUGGAAAAGUUGGGGGGACAAACUUCUAAUUGCAUGAACAAACCCACAAAGUAGCUUUCUUUCUUGAAUAUCAGUACAGUAAAGAGAAGUGGCCUGACCUAUGAUCUUGUUCUCUUUCCCCACUGCCUAACAAACAGCCUAUUUUCUGUGUGAACCUAUCUCCUUGGUGGCUUUAUUCUCUUUGUGAAAGUGGUAUUGUUCAUUGUUCAAUCCUCAAGUAAAGAAAAGUAUUAAAAAAAAAGUACAAAUUACCCAGAACUCUCUACCUUGUGCAACAGUUGUCAACCCUUUGGUGCCUAUCCUAAAUAUUUCUCUAUAUCUGUGUUCCUAGAUUAGAUAUAAGAAUAGACAAAUGUGAUCAAAUAGAAGUGUUGUUCUAUAUGCUGUAUUUUUUCACCAAAGUGUAUGUUGUGGCCUUCUUUGUCAAUAAAUAUAUACAUAUAUGUCAGCAUCUA